AUUACCGGCUAAUCAGCUUAAUUCAAUCGUAAGUUAAAUGCUUGAAACACUAAUAAGAGAUAAACUCGUUAAUCACUUAGAAGAAAACAACUUACUAAAAAAUACUCAACACGACUUCCGCUGCAAAUGCUCUUGUUUGAAGAGCCUCUUAGAUUUCUCCUAUGAUAUUCUGAACCAAUAUGAUGAGAGUAAAGCAGUAGAUAUAAUAUAUCUUGAUUUUCAAAACGCCUUUGACAAUGUCCCCCACAAACAUUUACUGAUUAAACUAAAAUCACACGGUAAGCAAUGCGACGUGUUGAGAUGGGUUGAAAACUGGCUAAACAACCGUAAACAAAGAGUAGUAAUAAAUGGAAAAUCAUCCAAGUGGACUAACAUAACCAGCGAGGUGGCACAGGGAUCAGUCUUAGGACCUGUUCUCUUCACAUUUAUAUAAACGACAUCGAUGAGGGUGUUGCCAGUAUAAUAACAAAGUUUGCUGAUGGCACCAAAAGAGCGAAUUCCGUAGUCUCUGAAGAACAAGUAAUAGAAAUCCAAAAACGACAUUUUUUUUGUCAGAGUGGAGACAAACCUGGAGACAAAUGAGUUUUAAUGCGGAUAGGUGCAGCGUGCUUCACAUAGGGUAUAGAAACGAGAAAGCAAAGUAUAUUUAAAAUAAUACGCAGCUUAAAAGGCUUGACUGCGGAAAUUAUUUAGAAGGAAUAAUAUCGAGUUGCUUAAAACAUAGGCAACAAUGUUCAGAAGGCGUAAAGAAAGCGGGUAAAAUAAUUGCGAGUUGCUUAAAACAUAGGCAACAAUGUUCAGAAGACGUAAAGAAAGCGGGUAAAAUAAUUGCGAGUUGCUUAAAACAUAGGCAACAAUGUUCAGAAGGCGUAAAGAAAGCGGGUAAAAUAAUUGCGGGUAAAAGAAAGCGGGUAAAAUAAUAAUCUUUUGAAUAUAAAUCUAAGGAUACAAUCCUCACUUUGUAUAACUUUUUAGUCAGUUCCCUUUUGGAAUAGUGCGCUCAGGUAUGGUGCUCCUAUUACCAGAAAAAAAAUAAAAUAAAAUUUAAAACGAAUUUAGCGUAGAGUUAUAAAAAAAAAAAAUCAUACGAAGAGCGUCUUAAAGAAUUAAAUCUUUUCCCACUGAAACAAACAAGCCUAAGAGGUGACUUAAUACAGGUGUUUCAAAUCAUUAAAGGCAUUGGUAACAUGGAAUGCAGUAAAUAUUUCACGAUAGACUCUUCAAAUUUCACGCGAGGAAACAGUUACAUAAUUGUUGGAAAAUCUAUUAGCUCUCAUGAAUCAAUUUUUUUUUUUUUUUCCACCGAGUAAUAAAUCUAUGGAAUAAGCCUCCUCGAGACGUGAUAGACUUUAAUACCGUAGAGACUUUCAAACGCCGUCUUGUCAAAUAUCUUGCCUUGCCUUCAAGAAAUGGGGGCACCUCAUUCCAUCUGUUUUCUUUCUUACCUAUAAAAUUUUCCUUCGGGUUUUUCCUUUCCUAACCACAAAAACUUUUUUGCGACCCGUUUUUCUGUACCGCUUAUGCCGGACGGAGUGGAGGUGUGGAGAGAGCCUUCUGCUUUACUGUCCUUUCUACUACAAUCACCUUAGUAGUCCUAGGUCAGGUAACGUCGUAAGGAUCGCAAGGUCUGUUUUGGCUUGUUUUUCUAUGUAACUAUGUGACAAAAAAAAGUUCCUUAAAAUUGGAUUUAUAUGCUUUCACAUAAAUUACAUUAAGUAUCUCCAAACACUUCGCAUUACAUUUCCGAAUGGAAUUUGUUCACACAAUUAGUAUUCAAUGAGAAAGCACAUCCUACAAGUACGCAAUGCUACAUCUGUCAAUACACUGAAAUUUUAUUCUGGACUGUUAGGCUCUAAAUUUGCGAAAACUUUCCAGCUUGCCCAUCUUGACCCUCUCUGGUCUGUGUCACGUCUAUUGCCGUCUCCUACGCCUCAUCAUACAUCACGUGAUGUUAAAGCGACUUUUUGGCCCAACAAGGCUUUCAUUGCUAGCAGAUUUAUUUUACAACACUUCAAUCAAACGCUUUGUUUUCCAAUAAGUUUAUGUUUUCCAAUAAGCAAGGUUUAUCUUCGAGUACCUUCAUCUAAUAUUGGUGGUGGUCAUUAUGGCAAAGAGAACGCUGAUUGGUGGGAGUCACAAUGGCAAGGUGAAUGCUGAUUGGCUGGAAACACUCUCCCUCUUUCCUAACUCCUACCUCUCUCUCCAAGACAGUUUCAACACUCAAACCAUGUCAGGUACUGAGAAAGGGAAUACCUACACCCGCCUAACACAGGCAGAAUAUAGAGAAAGGGUAUACUUACACCCGCCUAACAGAGACAGAAUAAACUGCUAUGGCAUCAAGUGACAACAACAACAACAGCGAUUACUACACACUCCUCGGCGUGAGCCGCGGCGCCACGCCCGAGGAAAUCAGGAAAGCGUACCGGCGGCUCGCCCUCCUCCACCACCCGGACAAGAACCCGGCCAGCGUGCGGGAGGCGACGGUCAAGUUCCAGCGUAUCCAGGCCGCCGUGGAGACGCUCUGCGACCCCAAGAAGAAAAACGCGUACGACAGAGAGUGCCGCCAGCGAGAGAAAAAGAGGAAGAGGGACGACAGCUGCAGGAAGAGGGAGCACAAGAGAAGGAGGGAAGAAGAGCACCACGAACACAGCCAUCACAGAGAACGAGGGAACGACAAGAGGAGAAGGAAGCAGGAAGAGGAGAGGCGCAAGAGGUAUCAGAAGAGGCGGCGACGACAAGCAAGAGUCUACAGUUCUGAUGAGGACGAGGAAGAAGAUUUACAAGACGACGUUCAUGAGGAAGAGAGCAGCGAGCACAGCGAAUGCACGGAAGAGAGUUCUGACGAAGAAGAGGAACGUGUGUAUGGGGCGUACGAACACGACCCAGAUUACGAGACGGAGACGGAUGAAGACUCCGCUUCCUGCAGCGACUACGUGUCCGAGGAAUCUUCCGAGCUGGAGACUCCGUCCGAGGAAGAGUCUGAACCAGAGACUUCCCAAGAGCAGGACUCCGAAUACGAACCCGAGUCCGAGGCGACGAGCGAGUCAGACAUGGAGGACGAGAGCGACGCCUCCUCCGAGCAAGAUGAGGAGGAGGAACAAAAAGAGGCGGAACAUGAGGAGGAACAGUCUGAAAACGAAGAGACUAAUGGAGAAGAGCGGCACCAACACAGGCAUGGAAAGAGAAAGACACAGGAGGAGGAUGAAGAAUUUAAGCAACGUGAAAAGAAAAUGAGACGAGAGAGAGAAGAUUCCAGACACGAAGAAAAUGAUGAAGAAUGGCGGCACGAAGAGAGUCAUGAUAAAAGAAAGAGAGAGAAAGAGGAUAAUGGUGAAGAAUUUACACAACGUGGAAAGAAAAUGAGGGGAGACGGAGAAGAAUCCGAUGACGAAGAAAAUUAUGAAGAAGGGUCGCACAAGGAAAGGCAUGACAAAAGAAAGAGAGAGGAAGAAGAGAAAAAAGAGUUUACACAACGUGGUAAAAAAAUGAAAAAGAUUCGGAAGACGAAAAAAGGGAAGAAGAAUCGGAACACGAUGACAAUGACGAAAACUAUGAACACAAAGAACAGGAGGACGACUACGAAGACGAAAAGGAGAAAGAAGAGUCUGAAGACGAGGAGGAAGAAGAAAUAUCCGAAAAAGAAGAUUUCGAAUACGAAGAAGAGGAGAAAGACUCUGAAUACGAAGAGGAGGAGGAAACAACGAGCGAAAAUGGCGGGUCAGAAGAGGAGGAAGAACAGGCGUCAGACGCUGAGGUGGAGGCGACAUCAGAGAGAGGAAGCAGAGAGAGGAAGGAGAAACGAAAGCGGAGCAAAGAGGAGGAAGGGGCUGGAGCCAGUAAGAAGAGCAGGCGAGGCUGAGCACGAGAGCAACAAAGGCGAAUAGGAGCCAAGAGCGACGCGUCCUCCAAAGACUAGGAUAAAAAGCAGAGCAAGUCGAGAGUGACAUGUCUGUCGAAGAAGAAGAGGAAGAGAGACAUCCCUCGAAGAACAGAAGAAAGAGAAGUAUGCAGAAAGUGUUAAUUACCCAGAAGUAGGGAGGGAAGAGAUGAAUGAAAAGUGAAAAAGGGAAAAGAGAAGUGAUAUCCAUCGAAAAAGAGGAGCAAGAAAUGGAUGCAGAGAGAGAGAUAUCCAACGAAGAAGAGGAGGAUGAGAAGGAUGCAGAGAGUGAUAUUCAUUCCAAGAAGUUAUAUGCUCCGAAAAAGAGGAGAAAGAGAAAGAUGCAGAAAGUGGUAUCCUCCGAUAAAGAGAUAGGAGAGAAGGAUGCAGAGAAUGAUAUUCCCGAAAGAAGAGGAGAAGAAGUAGGAAUGAUAGUGAUAUCCCGCGAAGAAGAGGAGGAAGAUAAGGAUGCAGAGUGAAAAAAAGAAGAAAACGAUGCAGAAAGUGAUAUCCUUGGAAGAAAAGGAAAAAAAGAAUGCAUAGUGAAGAAGAGGAAGAGAAGGAUGCAGAGUGAAGAAGAAGAGGAAGAGAAGGAUGCAGAGUGAUAUCCUCCGAAAAAGAGGAGGAAGAGAAGGAUGCAACGAAUGAUAUUCCAUGAAGAAGAGAAGAAAAAGGAUAGAGAGAGUGAUAUCCCUCGAAAAAGUGGAGGAAAAGAAGGAUGUAGAGUGAACAAAAAAGAUGAAGAAAAUGAUGCAAAGAGUGAUAUCCUUAGAAGAAGAGUAAAAAAUGAAUGCAUUGUGAAGAGGAAGAGAAGCAUGCAGAGUGAUAUCCCUCGAAGAAGAGGAGGAAGAGAAGGAUGCAGAGAGUGAUAUCCCUCGAAGAAGAGAAGGAAGAGAAGGAUGCAGAGAGUGAUAUCCCUCGAAGAAGAGGAGGAAGAGAAGGAUGCAGAGAGUGAUAUCCCUCGAAGAAGAGAAGGAAGAGAAGGAUGCAGAGAGUGAUAUCCCUCGAAAAAGAGGAGGAAGAGAAGGAUGCAGAGAGUGAUAUCUCUCGAAGAAGAGGAGGAAGAGAAGGAUGCAGAGAGUGAUAUCUCUCGAAGAAGAGGAGGAAGAGAAAGAUACAGAGAG